AUGUACAGCUUCUUAGCCUUGGUAAGAUCAUCGAGAAUAUCUUCUCGAAGGAUACGUAAGCCGACUUUAGGUUCAAAUCUACAAUUCUCAACGACCAAGUACCAAGCCAUGUUGACAACGGAACUCUCCGAAGCCGAGAUUUCGGCCUUGAGAGCCAACAAGGACAGGUUGGCAAAAGAUCUACAUGACUCUUGUCAGUGGGGGUUUGGAAUCCGAUGGGGGGAGGGACCAACUGACACCGGAAUGCAGCGUCUUUCUCUAUCAGAAGAGGAUAAGAGUGUUCGGGACUGGUUUGUCCAAACCAUGGAAGACCUUAAGUGCCAAAUUACCAUAGAUGAGAUGGGCAAUAUUUUCGCAAUUCGCCCAGGAAGAAGAGCAGAUGUACCGGCCACUUUUAUCGGAAGUCAUCUGGACACACAGCCAACAGGAGGUCGAUAUGAUGGGAUCUUGGGAGUCUUGUCUGGCGUUGAAACGAUCAAAAGAAUGGACGAAAUGGGCCUGGAGACAGAAGGAGGCGUCGGCGUGGUAAACUGGACAAAUGAAGAAGGGGCCCGAUUCCCAAUUAGCAUGGUUUCCGCUGGAGUGUGGGCAGAGUGCAUUCCACUAUCAGUGGCUCAUGAUCUCAAAGAAGUAUCGACUGUCGCUUCUCUACCUACAGCAGCUUCCAGUCCCGAAUCUAUGAAGACUGCUCUGCGCAAAAUCGGCUACCUCGGAAGCGUACCUUGUUCAUACAAGGCAACGCCAAUUGCUGCACAUUUCGAGCUGCACAUUGAACAAGGUCCACACCUCGUAUCAGCUGGCCAACUGGUCGGAGUGGUUACAGCGGUACAAGCCUAUCGAUGGUUUAGAUUGAAGGUGAUCGGACGAGACACACAUACGGGAACGACAGCAUUCGAGCACCGCGCAGAUGCAUUGUAUGCCUUUUCUUGCAUGAUGGUAAAAGCACGAGAAGUUGCCAAGGCUCGUGGCUGCCUUGCCAGCGUUGGUAUUAUUGAAGUGAAGCCAGGCAGUGUGAAUACAGUACCAGGUGAGGUGGGGUUCUCACUUGAUAUCCGUGGACCAAAAACAGACCUCGUUGCUGAGGUAGAGAAAGAUCUCCGCCGUGAAUUUGAUGCCAUUGCAGCAGCAGAGGGUGCUGGCAUCGGAAAGCCCUGCCGUGUUGAGUGGACACUCGACUUCGACUCACCUGCGGUCAAAUUUCAUGAUGACUGCAUUGAAUGUGUGGAACGAUCUGCCCAUGCCGUUGUUGCAGAUGCACCUGUCAAGGACACGAAGUCACUAGUGCGACAUAUUAUGAGCGGUGCCGGCCAUGACAGUGUUUUCACCUCGAAGCGUGUACCAACCAGUAUGAUCUUUGUUCCAUGUAAGGAUGGUCUUAGCCAUCACCCUGAGGAGUUUUGCUCUGCAGAUGAUUGCGCCAUUGGAACAUCUGUCAUUCUGCAGGCUGUGGUGAGGUAUGAUCGGAAGAGAUUUGCAUAG